AUGCUUCAUGACAGCGAGUGCUGGCCCUUCAGCAAAGAUCGUAAAGAAGCCUCACUCAGCUGCAAUGAUGCUCAGAUGUCCGCAGUUGAACUCGCCUGGGCCGGGUCAGGGACGAGGACACCAGACGGGUAUACAGACAGUCCCUCCUGUCCAGCGGAAGAUGCGAGAGCAGCGUCUGCUGUGGUGUGGGCAUGUUUGGUAAGGCCGAAGGAUCGCGACAUAAGAAAGGUAUCGGAGUUCCAAGCUGAAGAAAAGCGACCACGUGGAACUUCGAAGGAGAGAAGUUUUUCGAAAACCAAGGUAACGGCAAGAGUUGCUGUAGAUAGAAAGAAGUAG